CCCUCCGGGGGUGGGGCGUGCUGGGGGCGGGUCCUGCGGCACCGCCCGGGAAGCUGCACGAAGCUCGGCGCUGCCGCCACAUCCUCCGGAGCUCUGGGUUCAGGCGAGCCGAGUCGAGCUGGGCCAGGACCAAGCGGAGCGCUCAAACGGCACGAGCGAGCCGAACGCUGAGCCAUGGCGCACCAGACCGGCAUCCAUGCCACUGAAGAGCUAAAGGAAUUCUUUGCCAAGGCCCGGGCUGGCUCCAUCCGACUCAUCAAAGUCAUCAUCGAGGACGAGCAGCUCGUGCUGGGUGCCUCGCAGGAGCCAGUGGGACGCUGGGACCAGGACUACGACCGCGCUGUGCUGCCGCUGCUAGAUGCCCAGGAGCCCUGCUACCUCCUCUUCCGCCUUGACUCGCAGAAUGCUCAGGGUUUUGAGUGGCUCUUCCUGGCCUGGUCGCCUGAUAAUUCCCCUGUGCGGCUGAAGAUGUUGUAUGCAGCCACGCGAGCCACAGUGAAGAAGGAAUUUGGAGGCGGCCACAUCAAGGAUGAGCUCUUUGGGACAGUAAAGGACGACCUCUCCUUGGCUGGGUACCAGAAACAUCUGUCAUCCUGUGCCGCACCUGCCCCACUGACUUCGGCCGAGAGAGAACUCCAGCAGAUCCGAAUCAAUGAGGUGAAGACUGAGAUCAGCGUAGAAAGCAAGCACCAGACCCUGCAGGGUUUGGCCUUCCCCCUGCAGCCUGAGGCCCAGCGGGCACUCCAGCAACUCAAGCAGAAGGCGGUCAACUAUAUCCAGCUGAAGCUGGACCUGGAACGGGAGACCAUCGAGCUGGUACACACGGAACCCACAAGUGUGGUCCAGCUGCCCUCGCGGGUUCCCCGAGAUGCUGCGCGUUACCACUUCUUCCUGUAUAAGCACACCCAUGAGGGUGACACCCUUGAAUCUGUGGUGUUCAUCUACUCCAUGCCGGGUUACAAGUGCAGCAUUAAAGAGCGCAUGCUCUACUCCAGCUGCAAGAGCCGCCUCCUCGACUCCGUAGAGCAAGACUUCCAGCUGGAGAUAGCUAAGAAGGUUCUCUGUGGCAGGACUCUGCACCCCUUGUCCCUCCUAAUGCAAGCUGCCCUGCUGGCUGGGGCUCUGGCCCUGGGCACCCUGCCUGCCUUCCUGCCCUGUGAGCUGAAGUCUCGUGGCCUGGUAGACUGCAACUGGCUGUUCCUGAAAUCCGUGCCUCACUUCUCUGCAGCAACACCCCGUUCCAACAUCACCAGCCUUUCCUUGAUCUCCAACCGCAUCCACCACCUGCACAACGCCGACUUUGCCCACUUUCCCAACCUGCGGCAGCUGAACCUCAAAUGGAACUGCCCGCCCACUGGCCUCAGCCCCAUGCAUUUCCCUUGCCACAUGACCAUCGAGCCCAACACCUUCCGGGCAGUGCGUACACUGGAAGAGCUGAACCUGAGCUACAAUGGCAUCACCACAGUACCCCCUCUGCCCAGCUCCCUAAUGAACCUGAGCCUGAGCCACACCAACAUCCUGGUACUAGAUCCUGACAGCUUCACCGACCUGUACAACCUUCGCUUUCUCUUCAUGGAUGGGAAUUGUUACUACAAGAACCCCUGCAGCGGGGCAGUGAAUGUGACUCCAGGUGCACUCCUGGGCCUGAGUAACCUCACCCAUUUGUCUCUCAAGUAUAACAGCCUCACGAAGGUGCCCCGCCAACUGCCCCCCAGCCUGGAGUACCUACUGGUGUCCUAUAACCACAUUGUCAAGCUGGCACCGGAAGAUCUAGCCAAUCUGACGUCCCUGCGCGUACUUGAUGUGGGUGGGAACUGUCGCCGCUGUGACCAUGCCUUCAGCCCCUGUGUAGAAUGCGGACAAGAGUCCCUCCAGCUGCACCCUGAGACCUUCCAUCACUUGCGCCACCUUGAAGGCCUGGUGCUGAAGGACAAUUCUCUCCACACACUGAACAACUCCUGGUUCCAAGGGCUAGUCAACCUCUCAGUACUGGACCUAAGUGAAAACUUUCUUUAUGACUGUAUUACCAAGACCCAGGCCUUUCAGAACCUGACAAGGCUGCGCAAGCUUGACCUGUCCUUCAAUUACUGCAAGAAGGUAUCAUUUGCCAAGCGCCACCUGGCAAAAUCCUUCGGGAGCCUGGUGUCACUGCAAGAGCUGAACCUGAACGGCAUCUUCUUCCGCCUGCUCAACAAGGCCACACUCAAGUGGCUGGUCCAUUUGCGCCACCUUCAUACUCUGCACCUUCAAACGAACUUCAUUAAUGAGGCCCAGCUCAGCAUCUUUGGUAUCUUCCCAAACCUUCACUUUGUGGACCUGUCAGAUAACCGCAUCAGUGGGUCUUUGAAAAUGUCAGCAACUACCCUCAAAGAGGCAGAUGAUGGGGAGCAAGAGAGUCUGAAGUCUGGGGUUCUUGCCCCAGCCCUGCUGAGCACCCCUGGUCCUAAGAACUUCAUGGUCAGGUGCAGGAGCCUCAAAUUUACUUUGGACCUGUCUCGGAACAACCUGGUGGCAGUCCAGCCACAGAUGUUUUCCAACCUCUCUCAUCUCCAGUGCUUAAGCCUGAGCCACAACUGCAUUUCACAGGCUGUCAACGGCUCUCAGUUCCUGCCGCUGACCAAUCUGCAGGUGCUGGACCUGUCCCAUAACAAGCUGGACUUGUACCAUGGGCACUCAUUCACUGAACUCCCACAAUUACAGGCCCUGGACCUAAGCUACAACAACCAGCCCUUCAGCAUGCAGGGUAUCGGCCACAACUUUAGUUUUGUGACCCGUCUGCCCAUGCUGAACUACCUCAGCCUGGCACACAAUAACAUUCACAGCCGUGUGUCCUCACAACUUCACAGCACCUCAUUGGAGAUCCUGGACUUCAGUGGCAAUGCUUUAGGCCUCAUGUGGGAUGUGGGGGACCUUUACCUUCAAUUCUUCCGAGGUCUCAGACACCUGAAGCAGCUGGACCUGUCUCAGAACCGCCUGCAUAUCCUCCGGGCCCAGAACCUCGACAACCUUCCCAAAAGCCUAAGGAACCUGAAUCUCCGUGACAAUUACCUGUCUUUCUUUAACUGGAGCAGUCUGGCCUUCCUGCCCAAGCUGGAAGUCCUGGACCUGGCAGGAAACCAACUAAAGGCCCUGGCCAAUGGUACCCUGCCUAAUGGCACCCAGCUCCAGAAGCUGGAUGUCAGCGGCAAUAAUAUUGUUUCUGUGGUUCCAGCCUUCUUUGCUCUGGCCUUGAAGCUCAAAGAGGUCAACCUCAGCGACAACAUCCUCAAGACAGUGGAUCGCUCCUGGUUUGGGUCCAUAGUGGUGAACUUGACAAUGCUAGACGUGAGAAGUAACCCCCUGCACUGUGCCUGUGGGGCGGCCUUCGUGGACCUCCUGCUGGAGGUGCAGACCAAGGUGCCUGGCCUGCCUAAUCAGGUAAGGUGUGGCAGUCCCCGCCAGUUGCAGGACCGAAGCAUCUUCGCGCAGGACCUGCGGCUGUGCCUGGAUGAGGUCCUCUCCUGGGAUUGUUUUGGCCUUUCACUGUUGGCUGUGGCUGUGGGCAUAGCAGUGCCAUUACUACAGCAUCUCUGCGGCUGGGACGUCUGGUACUGCUUCCACCUGUGCCUGGCAUGGCUACCUUUGCUGGCCUGGGGCCGGCGCGGCGCCCAAGCCCUUCCCUACGAUGCCUUCGUAGUGUUCGAUAAGGCGCAGGGCGCGGUUGCCGACUGGGUGUAUAACGAGCUGCGGGUGCGCCUAGAGGAGCGGCGCGGGCGCCGAGCCCUGCGCCUGUGCCUGGAGGACCGGGAUUGGCUGCCCGGCCAGACGCUCUUCGAGAACCUCUGGGCCUCCAUCUAUGGCAGCCGCAAGACGCUGUUUGUGCUGGCCCACACGGACCGGGUCAGUGGCCUCCUACGCACCAGCUUCCUGCUGGCUCAACAGCGCCUGCUGGAGGACCGCAAGGACGUGGUGGUGUUGGUGAUCCUGCGCCCGGAUGCCCACCGCUCCCGCUACGUGCGCCUCCGCCAGCGCCUCUGCCGCCAGAGUGUGCUCUUCUGGCCCCAGCAGCCUAGCGGUCAGGGCAGCUUCUGGGCUCAGCUGAGCACAGCCCUGACUAGGGACAACCGCCACUUCUAUAACCGGAACUUCUGCCGGGGACCGACAGCAGAAUAGCUCAGAGCAAUGGGAACAACUGCACCUUCACCGCCUGGCCACCUGGGUUGCUCUGCCUGCCUUGCUCUGUUCUGCUUUACUCCACGCGUAUCUAGCAGGUGCUCAAUAUAUGCUGUGUGAUGUGGGUUGGAGGAGAGAUGGGAACAUUCUCCA